AUGUGGCUUCUUUUGGCAACAGCGAUCGUCGCCUUUUUGCUCGUCCUGUUCGUCCUUCCAGAGACAUACCGCCAUCACAUUGAUGAGCCCACGACAAUGACGGAGGAAAGUGACAAUAGCCAGACGAAUCAGUCAGAUAUUACUCAUGUUGCUGGCAAACUAUCGCUUCAUAGUGAAACAGAUGAACCAUCCUCAACGCCAACAUCAUCCCCUGCUACACGUUGCACACCUAGUCUCAAGAGUGGUGAAGAGUGCGCUUAUCUAAAAAUGGUUGUCAUUCGAGACUUUAAAAAAUCGAUUAAUUGCAUGCUCAAGUAUCUGUCUCUAACAGCAAUAAUGCGUGGUGUAUUUGAUCGUGUUGCGACUGGUGCUAGAAAUAUUAGUGGGCUGUGA